AUGGAGGUGAAGAACUUCGCAGUUUGGGAUUACGUCGUAUUUGCAGCCCUCUUUGUCAUUUCCUCUGGAAUUGGGGUGUUCUUUGCUAUCAAGGAGAGGAAAAAGGCAACUUCAAGGGAGUUCCUAGUUGGGGGAAGGCAAAUGAGCUUUGGCCCUGUAGCGUUGUCUCUGACAGCCAGCUUCAUGUCAGCUGUCACUGUCCUAGGGACCCCCUCCGAGGUUUAUCGCUUUGGGGCAUCGUUUCUGCUCUUCUUUAUUUCCUACGCAUUUGUCAUCAUCCUCACGGCAGAGCUCUUUCUCCCUGUGUUCUACAGAUCUGGCAUCACCAGCACUUACGAGUAUUUACAACUGCGAUUCAAUAAACCAGUACGCUACGCAGCCACCGUCAUCUACAUCGUGCAGACGAUUCUCUACACAGGAGUGGUGGUGUAUGCCCCUGCCCUGGCACUCAAUCAAGUGACUGGGUUUGAUCUCUGGGGCUCUGUGUUCGCAACAGGAAUUGUUUGCACUUUCUACUGUACCCUGGGAGGAUUAAAAGCAGUGGUGUGGACAGAUGCAUUUCAGAUGGUUGUCAUGAUUGUGGGAUUCUUAACGGUUCUCAUUCAAGGAUCAGCUCAUGCUGGUGGCUUACACAAUGUAAUAGAGCAUUCAACAAAUGGAUCUCGACUAAAUAUAUUUGACUUUGAUGUGGACCCUCUCAGGCGGCACACUUUUUGGACUAUCUCGGUGGGAGGAACUUUUACAUGGCUCGGGAUCUAUGGGGUUAAUCAGUCGACCAUACAGCGAUGCAUUUCUUGCAAAACAGAAAAACAUGCAAAACUAGCCUUGUAUUUUAACUUGUUGGGUCUCUGGAUUAUUCUGGUAUGUGCUGUCUUCUCUGGCUUAAUCAUGUACUCCCACUUCAAAGACUGUGACCCUUGGACUUCUGGCAUUAUCUCAGCACCAGACCAGCUGAUGCCGUACUUUGUCAUGGAGAUAUUUUUCACAAUGCCAGGACUGCCUGGACUCUUUGUGGCUUGUGCCUUCAGCGGAACUCUGAGCACUGUGGCUGCAAGCAUCAAUGCCUUAGCAACAGUGACCUUUGAGGAUUUUGUCAAGAGUUGUUUUCCCCAUCUCUCCGACAAGCUGAGCACGUGGAUCAGUAAAGGCUUAUGUCUCUUGUUUGGCGUGAUGUGUACCUCCAUGGCCGUGGCUGCAUCUCUCAUGGGAGGUGUUGUGCAGGCUGCCCUCAGCAUCCACGGCAUGUGCGGGGGACCAAUGCUGGGUCUGUUCUCUCUGGGAAUCCUGUUCCCUUUUGUGAACUGGAAGGGUGCACUGGGUGGCCUUCUGACUGGAAUCACCUUGUCAUUUUGGGUGGCCAUUGGGGCUUUUAUCUACCCUGCACCAGACUCCAAGACAUGGCCCUUGCCUUUAUCAACAGACCAGUGUGUCCCAUCAAAUGUGACACUAUCACAACCUACAGAGCUAUCCAGCCGACCUGCAAUUGCUGACACCUGGUAUUCACUCUCCUACCUUUACUACAGUGCAGUGGGCUGCUUAGGAUGCAUUGCUGCUGGGAUAAUCAUCAGCUUCAUAACAGGUUAUCAAAGUGGCAAGGAUAUUCAACCACUGCUAAUUAGACCGGUUUGCAAUUUAUUUUGCUUUUGGUCUAAGAAAUACAAAAGACUGUGCUGGUGUGGUGUUCAGCAUGACAGUGGGACUGAGCAGGAAAACCUUGAGAAUGGCAGUUCCUGGAAACAAGGGGCUGAAUCUGUCUUACAGAAUGGACUCAGGCAAGAAGACCUGGUCAAUAUUCCAGGUCAUGAUCCCAAGGACAAAAGCUACAACAAUAUGGCCCUAGAGAAGAUUACUCAUUUCUAA